AUGUUCCAGUUCAGUAAAUACCCCAUGGACAUUUUAGAGAUGCUCAGUGGACACCAGGCGCACCAGUUCAAGGGGCUGGGGCUGGAGCGGCAGCUCGGGCACCAGCAGCAGCUCCCGCACCAGGGCCAGCUCCAGGCGCAGCACCCGCCCUCCUCUGAAGCCCCUGGGGGCCUGCUGUCGGGGCUGGGCCUCAGCUCGCUGCAGUCGCCUCGCACGAACGCCUUCGCAGACUCCUCUUCACUCUUUGCCAAAAUGAGUGCGCCUCCUCCCCCCAUUUCUCACCUGCAGAGCACGUCCUCCUCCUCCCACAGGAAGUCCAAACACAGCAGCAGCAGUGGCACCUCCUCCUCGGGGUACCCUCAGUUUCUGCGCCCCUUCCACCCCGCAGAGGCACUGGCUCAGGAGCAGCUGCACUCGGGCAUGGGCCGCUUCGACUUUGGAGGUGGCUCCAGUGUCUCAGCUGCUCCUCCUCCUCCUCCACUUCACCCUGGGAUCCCUGUGCCUCACUCCUCCCCCGGUCCACCCACCUCCUCCCCCUCUGCCUCCACCUCAGUGUCUGUGUCCAACAACCCCUCGGGCGGCCCCGCGGUGCCCCUGGUGGGCCAGUCGGACCCUCGCACCCUGCAUCAGCAGUUCAGCUGUAUGCUAGCAGCUAACCAGUACUUCCUGUCAGGUGUGCCGGCCAACAGCAGUCUGGAGCAGUUCCUGGUACAGCAGGGCUCCCAUCCUCCUCUGGGGCUGGGGCUCAGUCAGACCUCUGAGGCUAACGCUCCUCUGGCUCCGCCCCCUGCUCUUCACUCGUCUCAUGGACACAGCGCCGCGCAGCCGCAGCAGCAGCUGGCUCCACACUCAAUCAGCCACAGCCACCAUCCCCUACAUCCCGCCCCCCAGCCCAAUGCUCUGGGCGGCUUCGACUUCCAGGGAAUCCCCGUCCUGUCGUCCAAUCAGAUUGCCUCGCUCAUGCAGCAGGAGGCCAGCAUCCCCGUCCCCCUGCCCCUGCACCUGUCCCUCUCCAAAGACCAGGAGUCAAAGUCUGGAGACUCCACAGCGUCCUCUAGUGGCGGCAGUCGCAGGAAGAAGGCAAUGGCCGGAUAUCUGCCCCAGAGAAAAGCAGAGCCUCACUCUCAGAGCAAUAAUGUCCUGAACUGUCACGACAGUAGCAGCAGCGGCCACAGUCAGAGCUCUGUGCUGGUGGGAGGACCAGGAGUCAUGGAGCCCCAACACAACCCCCUCCUGUCUCCAUCUACAUCCUCCACAGUCUCCUCCUCCCCCUCUGUCCCCCCCCCCUCCUCACACAUAGCCAACGGUAGCCUCCAGUCCAAACCCAGAGAAAGCCAAAGCAGCUCAUCGGGGCCUCCUGAGCCGGAGCCUCUGUAUCACUGUGGAGAGUGCGGGAAGACCUUCACACACCUAUCCAGCCUCAGGAGACACCUGCGCAGCCACGGCCUCAGCACCGACGCCCAGAGCAGCAAACCCGACUGCAGCUCGCCCAGCCCUGAGCGGGUCUUCAGCUGCGGAGAGUGUGGUAAAAGGUUCAAGAAGAGAGGCCACCUACUGCAGCACAGUGUCACACACUCGGAGAACCGGCCCUUCAUCUGCAGCAUCUGCCAGAAGUCCUUCAACCGCAGAGAGUCGCUGACGCGCCACGAGAAGAUCCACGACGAGAAGCCGUUCAGAUGCCCCGCCUGCGGCCGCUGCUUCAGGGAGAGCACCUCUCUGCUCAACCACGCCGCCUCCGGAGCCUGCGGUAAACCUCCCCGCGUCUCCAAACCCAAGAGCAGCUGCAGCGAGGCGGGACGCUCAAAUCAGAGUGUGAAGAGAGAACGAGGGGAGCGGGCGCGAGUGUCCAACGAGUCCAUGCACGUGUCCAAUGAUAAAUAUGCCUCAGACUUCUCGAGGGGGCGCUAUCACAACCAACCCUACAGCACGGUGGACUAUAGCAGGACGCAGUACCCUGACAGAACAGCCGCCGACAUGACCAAUCAGACGCUCCGCAAGGCCCCGCUCGCCCCCACCCUACACCCCCAGAGCCAGCAGACUCAGCACCUCCCUCCCCCUCAGCAGCACCUGCCUCCCCCUCAGCCACAGCCACAUCUGCCCCUGUCCUCUCUGCUGGACGACUCUGAGGACGAGGUUACCAGUAGCGCCAUGUCAGCCAUUGCGGCGGCUGCAGCUGCCUCCUGCGGCAUGAACGGAGAGGAGCGAGAGGAGAGGCGUGACAUCAUCGGGGGUCUGCUGGGAGGACUGGGCUUCGGGAACCUGGGCCCCUCCUCCACAGUGAACGGAGCCACAUUGCCUUUAACUCACGCCGGCUCAGCCCAGGCCAAAGCCCGCCGGCCGCGCAAGGCCCGAGAGAAGGGGGAGGGGUCAGUGGUGAGGCGGCGGCGCAGCCCUCUGCCUCCCAGCGACAGCAGCGAGCGCCCGUACAGCUGCCAGAUCUGUGGCAAGAGCUUCAGGCGUGCAGAGACACUGCGGCGUCAUCACCGCAUCCACACGGGAGAGAAGCCACACACCUGCGACAUCUGCGGGAAACACUUCAGAGAGCCCUUCCACCUCACCAAGCACCUGACCGUGCACUCGGGCCUCAAGAACUAUAAGUGUAACCUGUGCGGCAAGCUGUUUGCCUACGCACAGAGUCUGGUGCGCCACGGCAAGCUUCACCGCCGCGGGGAGAUAGACGCACAGGGCCGCCGUGUCAAAGGAGCCGGCACUCUAAACAAAGUGAACUCUGAGAACUCUGAGUUCUACUCGUCCUGCUCUCAGGAGGACAAGUCCCCGACCUCCGGAACGCCCACGCAGCGCAUCUACACCUGCACCGUGUGCUGGAAGUCCUUCAGACACUACUUCCACCUAACGGCACACACGCAGACGGUGCACGGUGGCGGCGUGGGGUUGGAGAAGAACUACCGAUGUGAGGUCUGUGGCAAAGCCUUCGCUUACUCAAACAGCCUGGUGCGCCACAAACUGUCCCAGCACGGCAUGGACCGCAGCGGCCACAAGCUCAGCCAGGCACCGCCACACACAGGCUUCUCCUCUCUAUACUACGACUCUGGCUCUGCAGCCACGUACGCUGGGACGUCCCACAUGCAGCAGCCCACAGCACAACCACUGCAGCAUGCCUUCCACUACCACAAAGACUCUGCGCACAGGACGAAGAGGAGGAGGAAGAGGCGCGUGGUCAUCAACAGCAUCAUGCGCGACGGGAAGCUGGUGGGCGUUCCUUUGAGCAAAGAUACGGAGAGGAAGCUGCUGCAGCUGCGCAGGAGGCGAGGAAAGAUCCAGGCCCAGAUCAACCGGAGGAGGCUGAUCGCUCAGCUGCGCGGUCGACGAGAUGGGCUCCUUAGGGCCACCUGGUGGAGAGGAGGCGUAGUGAAGGUUUCUGGACUGAACUCUAUGCUGGUGCCGCUCAGACACUUCCCCUGCCCCAUGUGCUCAUGCUGUGUGUUCUCCAGAGCAGGACAGCUGCGGCUGCACUACGCACUCAGGCACCGGCCUCAGAGUGGCUCGCGGCUGCUGUGUACGGUGUGUGGGCGCCGCUCUCGCUCUCUGUGCUCUGCCCUCAAACACCGCUCCUCACACCUGCAGCAGAGCUCCUCCCAGUGCCUCAAGUGUGCGCACCGCUUCUGGAGCCCACGCCUCCUGGUGCGGCACCAGUCCUGCUGCCGCCGGGCGCCGCGCAGCCUCCACCACCACACGCCUGCGUCUGUGCCACAACGGAGCGCCCACCACCACACGCCUGCGUCUGUGCCACAGCGGAGCGCCCACCACCACACGCCUGCGGCUGUGCCACAGCGGAGCGCCCACCACCACACGCCUGCGGCUGUGCCACAGCGGAGCGCCCAUCAUCACACGCCUGCGGCUGUGCCACAGCGGAGCGCCCACCACCACACGCCUGCGGCUGUGCCACAGCGGAGCGCCCACCAUCACACGCCUGCGGCUGUGCCACAGCUCAUCCCUGUAGACCGAGCAGACAGAGCCUACGCUCAGUAA